CCAAAACUGAAUAGCGGGCCCUUAGAUUUCAGAAAGUUGAAGGCCGCGCUAAAGUUCUGAAAUCGCGAAUUGUGUGUUAAAUGCAGUAUGCUUUUAUUCGAUGAAGUUGUGGUUCAUAUCAUGUAUUUAUGAAAGUCACUUUACACAAUAGUUGAGUCCCCUUUCUUUCUAAAGUUGGUUUAAUUUAAGGUUGAACUUCUGUUAUAGGAAGAAAAGAAAAAUAUGUUUAUUAUUAUUAUAGCGAGCCGUGUAAUUCCUCUGCCAGCAUAUAUGCCAACGUUUAUUUGCCUUUAAAGGCGAACUGCACUCAUAUCAAACUCAAUAAAGUUUACAAUAUACUUAGAUGUUCGCGAUUAUCGUGUAGUCUGGGUUUUUUUAAAGACUCCUUGGAAAUCUGUGGUUUUUCAGAGAAGUCUGUUGCGCUUCUGCUUAGCACAUUGCCUUGGUGCAACUGUUGUAUAGUCACGUGACUACAAAUAGAUUUUUUACAUAAAGCCGUUUUAUGAUAAAACACUGAUCAGUGUUUCUGGUUUAUCAUUCUGUGACGUCGUUAUGUUGAGAUGAUUAUUCACGUAAAUAUUGAAUUGGGACUACGAAACUAUUCAUUAAGUGAUGAAACAUGGGCUUAUUUGUGUGAGUUCCUUUAAUAUGAGGGUUUUGGUCGUAGGAUUAAAAUGUAUAUAUGCAGUGUGAAAACUGAGCACAAAUCAAUUUUAUUAUUUCUUAGCCAUGAAUUUUUGAUUUGACCUCUCUGUCUGUUUACUGGCUUGUAUGAGGUCUUAAGGUUCGUAAAACAUUUACAGCAACGAUCUUGAAUAGCUACACUUAUCCUAAGAAUCUGUCAUAAACAUAUAGGCAACUUGACUUGAACUUCAGGUUUCCAAACUUCCUGGUUUGGAAAUUAUCAUAGUAUUGUAAACAAGUUCUCAGGACCAGUUACAUAGAUGUUUAAGCUUAUUUUUCCGGCUUCAUGUCAGCAUAAAGCUAAUUAGUUUUCGAGAAAGUUGUUUACAAAGCUUGUACACUAUCAUCCAGAUAAAUUCUACAAGAGAUUCAGUAAGUUCUUUAAAGUUACUGCAAUGACAAAAGAUGUUCACUAAGAUCCUUACUAUGAGCAGGACAGUUUGUACUCAUAGUUGAGCAGCGUAAUACACUGCUGGGUGAGACUAUAAUUUAUGGACGUGGAUAGUGGCUUUGAAAAGGACACCUUGCUAGGUCUAAAAGAAAUUUAUAAACUAUUCUAAGGAAUUAGGAUUAGAAUUUAGAGUUAGAGUUUAUGGUUGAGAAUUAAAUUCAGGGUUCUCUUCACGAACUAAUAUCACAUAUAAUUUCUAUUUAUUCAUAUGAAUGAAUGAAUUGCGCCUAAAUCUAAAACGUGUUAUCCUUAAUUUUAUUGGUUCGUCCACAGGCUAUAGUCUUGCCGAUUGCUAAGUAAUGGUCUAAAUUAUUUCCUACUACGAAUGUUUUGUGUUCAGGUACUUGAUGCUCUAUGUUUGUCUUUCUGAUUAAGACACGUAGAUGUAACAACAAUACACAAUUGUGAAGAGAUUAAAAAAAUUGUUAAAACAGUCUUUUUUUCCAGACUAAACAUGUUUGGAGGAGUAAACUGUGAAGAGCAUUGAAACAAAAGUUUUAAGAAUACUGGAUUAACGUCCUUGUUAACGUAAUGCUUAAAUAAUUGACUAGCUGAGUAAAGCACAGACAAGAAGUGAGUUAAGUCAUAAUUAAGGUUUUAAAAAACGUUACGCAACAAACACCUAAAAUUAAUUCUGUGUAGACGAAACAAGGUCAAUAAAAAUGUUUUUCUGUAUACAUAAAUUUGGCUUAAACCUUUCAGCAAAACCCAAUAAAUUCAAAAUAGUUUGUUUAUUGGCUAUUUUAAAGGAUUCCAGGUCGACUACAUUAUACUCACUGUUACAUUAUCAGUUUAUACAUCCACGAUCUUUGUUGUUACCUCGACACAGUGGACUAGUUUAGUAUUCGUGACUACCUGCUUGCGCCGUUUCGUUUGGAACAUAUUUCUUUAGGUUUUCUCAUCCCAAUAAGUCAUUUACGAAAACAACAGGACCAAAAAUAGCAAGUUCUAAUUUAAAAAGUAAUAUGCCUUUACGUCAGGUUCUACGUUGUUAUUGACUAGUUUGUUGAGUUAAAUCAUCUACUGCAUUGUAGUCGUAAUGAUUCCCACAGGUAGUCAGCAUAUCUAGCGGCCGUUGCUUCUAAUUAAUCUCAGAUCGAGAAUAAUACAGUCGUGUUGGUAAGCUUUAAAAAGUACGACGCUAGCACAACAAAAAAGUCAUGCGACUGGGCUCAAGUGGUUGCAUUUUUAACUAAUCGAUCACAGUUCCGGGCCGAAAACGUCGUCGUUACUAAUCACAUUUCUUAGGUCUGUGGCGAAGAAAUUCUGUUUCACGUUAUAAGCAACAGAAAUAUGUAAACUAGCAAAGCUCAUUACACAUACUAGUAGCUGUUGUUUUGAGGCAAGUCAUCUCAAGAAAGAAACCUCAGACAGACGUACGCUGGUCCACGUUGUCGAACUAGAUUGACAUAACAAAAUAGUAUUGUAGCAAUCGUAAGACGAAAGACAAUCAUAGUAAUAUGGUUUAAAAAGAUAGUGGAAAGGUAUGCACAAAGGGAUUACUGGAGUACAAUAUCGAGAAGAUAAAGAAUAAAUGCAUCUAAACCACUGUGGACAAUUUCAAGAUGUGUUACCCAAACUUGGUCACGGUUAUCACGCGGACUUCAACCAGGUAGUUGGAUUCUACCAACAUGGGUUGGAGCAACAGUCAGUGACUAUAUGGAUUAAUGCUAUGUCUUGGUCUGGCCACCCAUAGCUUCCCUGAAACCUACUUCUACACAAGCAAGCUCGUCGAGGUGGGUGGUGAUUAAGUAUACGUAACACAUGUUUUAAAUGCCUCAGUUGAUGAAGAUUUACAGCCUUAUCAACUGAUAUACUACCUUUGACAAGUACUUUAUCGGUUUGAGGUGUGUAGCAGAUAAACUUCCUGGGUAGAAUACUUGAGUUGUUAACUAUCGGCUGGAAAUCGCAUGUGGUAGAGUCUACAAGAAAACAUGAUGGCGUUAAUACAUUCCACAUCAUAAUCAUCUUAUUACUCAUCAGUUACCUGCUAUAGCUUCCAGUUACAUAAUACGGAUAGGUGCACUUAACGUUAACCCCUAAUAAUAUGAAGACUAGUGGUACUACUCGCCUGCUGAAACGAAAUCAAAUGGUACUGGGUCUAAACACGUGACCUACUGGCUAUUGUUUAAGUUCUUCCAACGCUAAUUCGCCCAUCCAUUACUGCUUGUUUGUAAUCUUUUUCCUGAUUCUCUUUAGCAGUGCUGUGAUAAGGUUUGAUUACCUCAACUUGAACACUUUCAUGCGAUAUUCUGUAAUACUGUAUAUCUUCCUUGGAAUAAUUUAUUCUUAACGCUCCUCUGACAUCUUUCUCGUAACGGGCCACUUAUAAAAACGAUUUAGUGAUUGUGUUUACGCUGAUUAUCUCAUUUCCCGUUCUAUAAUUUCUAUGGAGUUCAUUUCACCGAACUUCAUUUCUGAAUGCACACUAUUAUCAUUCUCCCAACUAUAAAUUUUGUCUAUUUGGUCCACGUGCUAAAAUGUGCUUUCAUCACGUUCAAUUUAGAACGAGUAAUAAAAUUACAAAUGCUCGGUGUUUUUGAUGUCGAUCUGCUACCACAGGAGCUUCCACAUACUACAAUUACAUCAUGCCUUUGCAGUGGUGCCGUUUUUUCAGGUUCUCAGCGAUCCAAGGGUAAAAAGUAUAAUGUGGAAGUAACAAUACAAUAUGUCGAUAUGAAGCAAAAAAUGGUGUACGGCUUCAUGAAAAUUGAGAAUUUGACUCAAGAAUAUCCAAGUCUGACUACAUAUUUUGAAGGAGAAAUAAUAAGUAGACUACACCCGUUCAUGACUGGUAAAUGGGAUGCUACCAUGGAAACAGAUGUCUUACACUGGGUAUUUGUUUAAUUAUUAUCAAUUCACUUGCAGGAAAAAAUACCAGCAACAAGUUCUCUAGGGAACUUCCAUAUAGAUAGUUUCGACUACUCUAUUUUAGAAACGUCCGAUACGAUAUUUAUGAGAUGGAAAGAAAAAUUCAUUGUUCCAGAUCCCGGGUUGAAACACAUAGAGGGAGCGUCAUUCGCUGGAUUUUAUUAUAUCGGAUUACAGAAAUCUAUUGGACAUGUUCUAGGUUAUUACUAUCAUCUUAACUCAGAAAUGUUCCAAUCUCUCGAACUGAAAUAUAAACCAGAAAGCACACCGUCUAUUUUUCAGUUGCGUUAAGGAUGUUCAUUAUUACGUUUUGGCUUGUGAGAUAGAUGUGUUUCAACUGAUUUAUCACUCGAUUUUUAUUUAUUUGCUAGACAGGAUGUGACACUUCAUUUUCAUAAUAUCUGCAAAUUUAUCUAAAUAGCAUUUUAUGACAAAUACACUUCAGUUUACAUCUUCAUGCAGUCCUUAAUCACUAAGAGUAUAUUUAUACUAAUAUCUCUGAAAUGUACAGCUUUUAGUAUGUAUUGAAAAAUUCACUGUCACUUGAAAAAUAUAGUUCUAUUUGAUA